UAAACAACAGUCGCUGGAGAGUUCAGAGCAGAGCAGCGAUGCCGAUGGGGCUUUCACUGAUUGUGCUUCUCGCCAUACUUCCACAUCUCCUCGUCCCCUCUGAAUCUAAAGCUUCCGGGCCUCGGAUUGGCUCUGAAACUACAUCAUGUGGAGACCAUCAGAAUCACCAGUUGAUUGCCGAGUUCGAAGAGGCGAAGCUCAGAAUCGAUCAAUUGGAAUCCCUCCUUGAGGGAACUAUCUGGGACAUAAAUGCAAAAAGCUUCUAUCUCAAAGAAAAUGAGAAGCUAAUUAAAGAGAUGACGCAUGAACUGGAUCGUCUACAAUCUGCAUUUUCCAGUUUACAGGAUGAGUCAUUGAGUGCAAAUCGUAGGCUUAAUCAGCUUGAGGAAGAGGUCCGAAUUCUUUGGGCUACCUUAGGGAAAAACAACUUUGAGCUUCACCUUUUAGCGUCUAAAGCAGAAGCUGCUGAGAACAGAUUAGAACUGGUUACUUCUCAAGUUGAAAAGAUGGCUGACAUUGUGACAGAGCAAUGGAUUCAAAUUCAGCAACUUGAACAGGCUCUUCAUAUAGCAGAAAUGAGGGCUUUAAAGGUUAAAAGAGAAGUCAGCUUCACAAGAUGCACGUUCUUAAAGUUUGUCAGAAACCUUUUUGGUAAUCAUCUCCGGAAGUUAAUGAUGAUGCUGGAUUCACUCUUAUUUGACAAGGAAUCUGCUUUGGGUUCCUAUGCAUCUCAAGCUUUGCAAAAGUCAAAAAGGAUCAUGUCAGCAACAAAGAAGUAUCAUCACGAGUUGCAAGGUUGGAUUAAGCAGGAAAUGGAAAGGAAUGAACUUACUGCAGCUCUUGCUAAUGAAGAAUUGGUGUUUUUCAUGGCUUCGGCACUUAUAAUCUUUCCAGUAAUGGGUGUUUGGAUAUUGCUCUCUUCACAAUUCAGCUAGAUGGAAUCAACCCUUGUCAUGAAGAAGAUCAAAUCUAAACCUUAGGAAGCUUCCGUCCUGUUCCUAGGAUCGACAAUGGAGAUAGAAAUUAUACUGACUUUUCUAGGUUACAUUUGCCAAAUUAGCAGCUGUAAAUGCAUCGACUAGGCAAAAUAGUCGCCUCAGCUUUGUAUACAGGAAUAGAGUUAACAAUACCAACAGGCACCAGCAUUGGUGCUUGCAAAAGCAGUGGAUAUGAAGCUCAAUGUGGUGAUGAAAAAGAAGAGAGGGCAUGCGAGAAAGAGGUUUAGUAGAGUCCUGGCUGUGAUAUUCAUGCUUUGAUUCCAAGUCUCUUUGUGUUCUUUCUUUUGUUCCAGUAUCGUUUUCCCCCAAAUGAAUGAGGAUUUCCCUUCUGGAAGUUUGUAAUCUGUGUCAUUUUUUUUGUCUGUCAUCUGGUUCUUAACACACAGACUAUGGUGAUG